AUGAACAUCAACUCAGUCUUUUACUACAUUUUAUUUCUUUUUGCAUCAACAAUCCUUGCCGCAGAUAAAACAUCGAGUUCGGUAUCGCCUACUUUAGUAUGGGUCACCGGUACUGAUGCCAAUGGGAAAUUAGCCACUACUCAGUCUACAUACUAUCAAAGUUUUAUGAGCACUUAUAGCACCGCGGAAUCUCCAUCUUCCGGCUCGAUUGGAUUGGGGUCAAUAAGUGGAUCAGUGGGGGAAAUCAGAACUUAUAGUAUGGUCACUGUAUCACAAGGUAAUGGUGGAUUAUCGAAAUUCAAUCAAAAUAGUUUAGAGAUGAAGAAUUUAUCAUUUCUUAAAUUUAUCGGGGGUUCAUUUAUUGCAUUUAUUUCAUUCAUUAUAAUCAUAUAG